AGUAAAAUAAAAACCUGGCAACGUUGUAUAAAUCAAAACUAAAAACAUUAUUGAAGUCGUGAAUAAAUAAAAGUAAUAAGUUUUAUAAAAGGAAAUGGCUAUGAAAUUUGAUCAACAGAAAACAAAACAUCAGCUUUUUCAUUUGUCUGUAAGUUUGGCAACGGUGCUCGUCUGCAUGACAUAUAUGCAAUUCCAACGCAAUUGGGUGAAUGUGGGCAGCCUUUGGAAUUCUUUGAUAGUGCCUAUCGUAUUUACUGGUGAAUUACUCAAGGUUCUACUUGCACGAUACUACAGCCGAUGGGAUGAUAGCUUCCUUACACAGAAACAGCGUCAAAAGAGGGCUUCGUACUUUACAAUCCGUGAAAUAUGUGGAGGACUAAUUCUUCAAUUAUUAUGCACAUUACUUUAUGCGUUUGUGUGUAUUAUAUUAGGAGCACCAGUUCUGCAAAGCUACGAACAGACCUUCGUUUUGGCACUUUUGCUUACUUUACAAACAACGUCUCCCACAGUAUUCCUAUUAGGUGGAGGUGGUGCAUUGCAAGUAUGUUUCUGUGAAAAACCUGAUUCUAUUACCAAAAGCGAAGACACCGCCCUUGGUUUGUUUAAAUACAAUGCUUUGGGUGCCAUAUUAGGCGCUUGGGCUGGCUCUGUAGUUGCGCCUUUAGACUGGGACCGUGACUGGCAGGCGUAUCCAAUACCAAAUGUGGUUGGCGCUCUGCUCGGAUGUGCUUUAGGUAACAUUUACGCUUGCUCAAGAAUUUUGUAUGCUACAGCCAAGGUCUAUAUGAACAGAAAGCGAAACUAAGAUACACCAAUCGUUCGUUUCCACGAAACAAUGCAAAAGCUGCCAAUAACUAAGUAACGAACGCCUCAAUUUCAUUAUAUACAAAAUAUAAAUCUAGUCAAAGUCAUUGCCGUUCACCAGUUUCGUAAACGUAUUAAAUACACACUCGUAUGUUUUUAUCUUUAAUUAUCUUUAAAACAUUUUUAACAUUUAUCAAUGUACUAAUAAAAUUAAAAAUAAAUAUGAAACAUUUCUAAA